ACAGUUCAAGUAGUGACUAACCAGGUGGAGGCAGCUAUGGACUAUGAUCAGCAGGUCGAGCACAUUGAGACCAAUGCCAAAUUUGGAGACCUGAUAGAAUUUGACUACCCCAUCGGAUUUUCACACUGGGGAGUCUACGAUGACGACGGAUAUGUGAUCCAUUUUGCUGUUCCAGACGAGGGGCCAGUUAUGAGCACAAUACGUAGUUACCUGCAAGCCGUCGUCCAGGUAUGUGGAGACCUUCUUCUUGGGGAAACCAGGAUCCGUAGAGUGCGUCUUGCUGAAAUUAACGUUCCCCAAGGAGCCCAUGUCUUGGUCAGAAACAACGGCCACGCUUUCCCUCCAUCAGCGCCGGAGGACAUGAGGCUACGUCUGGAUGCUCUUCUGGAUCAUCACUUCCAAUAUCAGCUUUUCACUCUAAACUGCGAACACUUUGCUACUUUCAUACGCUACGGAAAAUCUGUCUGCAACCAGAUUCCUACAAGACCCAAGAACGUGGAGAAUGUCGACGCAACUGAAGUGUUUCAAGCCAUCGUCGAUUCCAAACAAACGGCUGAGGACGAUGCUGAAUGAGCCCUUUUAAAAACUUACAUUUUCCGUUUAUUAAAUGAACUGAGCUCUACUCACGGUCUAGAUUAGAUUAGAUUAGAUAGAACUUUAUUGAUCCCUUUCGUGGGGGUACCUCAGGGAAAUUGUUGGUCGAGCAUGCCACCGCAAACACUGAAGACUUUCUCUUUGGCCCUCUAUGGAACUGGGAUUAUUUUUCUUUUGUCAGUUACAGACCGGAAAAUAUGAGUUAUUGGGCUGCAACUAAUUGUUGUUUUGCAUGCUGAUAAAUCUGUAAAUAUCACAUAAUAAACUGAACGAUGGUUUUGUAAGUAAA